CGGAGCAGAAAACGCAAGCGGCAAACAGACCCUUAUGCUACCUAAAACCCUUUUCUUCCUUCCCUCUCCUCGUCAAGCCCUGUCGAAGUCUUUCCGGACUGAGCCCCUCCGGUACCGUGGUUUUUCUUUCUCUUUCAGUUAGAAGUAUGAUGAACAUUACUGGAUCCCUGUUUAGGAGGUUGACCAUCAGAGAAGUAAUCACCAGUACUCCUGUCUACAGUUCUGCAACCGAUGCAUCUGGAGACGGCUUAAGCUUGGUAUUCAGGCGAUGGGCUACCAAAAAGACUGCUGGAUCAACCAAGAAUGGGCGAGACUCUAAACCCAAAAAUCUCGGUGUGAAGAAAUUUGGUGGAGAGAGGGUGAUCCCGGGAAAUAUCAUUGUUCGACAACGGGGAACCCGUUUCCAUCCUGGUGAUUACGUUGGAAUGGGGAAAGAUCACACGCUUUUUGCUUUAAAAGAAGGAUGUGUUAAGUUUGAACGACAUAAACUGACUGGACGUAAGUGGGUGCAUGUUGAGCCCAAGGAGGGUCAUGAAAUUCACCCGGUUUACUCAAGUGGUGCAGCUCCUAAGAUGAAGACAACUGCUUAGGUUUAUCUUAUCACCUUAACUGAAGCUGUAUAAUUUACAGUAUUGGUUUUAGUUGAUUUUGUUUGAUGAGCUCAAAAUGUCGAGAUUUGAUGCUUCCAGAAAGUUUCCAUGUUUUCUAGUGCCUUUUUCAUUUGAGUCCAAGUUUGGCUGCUUAGAUUUCCAGGUCUAUCUGGAGAAAGAUUUUGUUGGAUAGAAAUAAAUUCUUGAGGGAAAUUAAUAGGUUCUUUUAGCAGAAAA